GAAAUGCUGCUCAACUAAAAAGUGUGAGAGCCAGAGAGAGGGACUUGGCUUGGCUACACACUUAAAACACAGAGAACAAGAGAGGGAGAGAGGGGGAAAGAGAGAGAGAGGGAGUGGGAGAGAGUGUUCUGAAAGGCAGGAAUAAAAAGGAAGAAAGUGAAGUAGGGGGGGUUGAGUUGGAAGGGAAAGAAAGAGAGCAAGAAUAAGGAGGAAAACAAAAGAAAAAGGGGGCUACCAAAUGGCUACAGAGGAGACUGCCGGGGGAGCCCGCAAAGCUACGAAAAGCAAACUGUUUGAGUUCCUCGUCCACGGUGUGCGUCCAGGAAUGCCAUCUGGAGCCCGGAUGCCCCAUCAGGGAGCCCCUAUGGGUCCUCCUGGCCCUCCGUACGGGGGCAGCCCCUCAGUCCGUCCCGGAAUGCCAAACGCUGUUAUGGAGCCCUCCCGAAAACGCCCUGCCGCCUCCCAGCAGGUCCAGCAGCAGCAGCAGGCUGCCCAGAACCGAGCUAGAAAGAAACCAGUGGGAUUCCCUGGAGCCAAUGAGAUCGCAGCGAGGCAGAUGGACAUGAGAGAAGCCCAAUCAGAUCCCACGCUUGGAUCAAAUGCCAAGAGAAGGAAAAUGGCAGACAAGAUUCUCCCUCAGAGGAUUCCAGGAGAUGGCAGAAGGCACAGGGUGUUUUCCAAGAUUCGUGAGUUGGUCCCAGAAUCCCAGGCCUAUAUGGAUCUCCUGGCAUUUGAGCGCAAACUGGACCAAACCAUCAUGCGAAAGCGGGUGGAUAUUCAGGAAGCUCUGAAGAGACCUAUGAAGCAAAAGCGCAAGCUGAGACUGUACAUCUCAAACACCUUCAACCCUGCCAAGCCAGAUGCUGAUGACUCCGAUGGCAGCAUUGCAUCGUGGGAGCUGCGAGUGGAGGGGAAGUUACUGGAUGAUCCUGGUAAACAGAAGAGGAAGUUCUCAUCCUUCUUUAAGAGCCUGGUGAUUGAGCUCGACAAGGACUUGUAUGGACCAGACAACCACCUGGUGGAGUUGCUGAGCCGCAACAAAAAGUAUGGCAAGUGGCACCGCACCCCUACCACGCAGGAGACAGAUGGCUUCCAGGUGAAGCGGCCGGGAGAUGUGAGCGUGCGCUGCACUCUGCUGCUGAUGCUUGACUACCAGCCCCCCCAGUUCAAACUGGACCCCAGGUUGGCACGGUUACUGGGCAUCCAUACACAGACCCGCUCUGCCAUCAUCCAGGCACUCUGGCAGUAUGUCAAGACCAACAAGCUGCAGGAUGCCCACGACAAGGAGUAUAUCAACUGUGACAAGUACUUCCAGCAGAUCUUUGACUGCCCCCGGUUGAAGUUCUCAGAGAUCCCCCAGCGACUCACUAACCUCCUGCUGCCUCCUGACCCCAUCGUCAUCAACCAUGUUAUCAGUGUGGACCCCAAUGACCAGAAGAAGACAGCCUGCUAUGACAUCGAUGUGGAGGUAGAAGACCCAUUGAAAGGCCAAAUGAGCAGCUUCCUGCUCUCUACAGCCAAUCAGCAGGAGAUUGCCUCCCUGGACAACAAGAUUCAUGAGACCAUUGAGUCUAUUAACCAGCUGAAGAUCCAGAGGGAUUUCAUGCUCAGCUUUUCCAAGGAUCCCAAAGGCUACAUCCAGGACUGGCUCAAAUCCCAGAGUCGAGACCUCAAGGUGAUGACAGAUGUGGUGGGCAACCCUGAAGAGGAGAGGAGGGCAGAGUUUUACCAUGAGCCCUGGUCCCAGGAGGCAGUGAGCCGCUACUUUUAUUGCAAGAUCCAACAGCGGAGACAAGAGCUAGAACAAGCCUUGGCCGUGCGCAACACUUAAACCCUUUCCCCAGGGAAACAACGGUGUGUCUCCCCUAGCCCCUCUCAUCUCUUGUGCCCAGUUCCUGCCAGAGAAAGUCUCCCUUUUUUGUGUAGUGACCUGCUGUGACCUAUGAUCAGUGAGAGGUUUUGUGUGUCCUCUGUGCCUGUUUGUCCUCCUGCCACACUAGGAUAGGACUGUGCCAGGUCUCCCUAAACCCUCUCUCCUCUCUCAGACUUUGCACCCUAUCGCCUGACCCCCAAUAUAAUGGACUGCUACUGAACAGGCCUUACCUCCUUUGAUUUCAUGGUUCCAAACCCAAGUUACAGUUAAUAAGUGUUUUUUAAAACUGCCAGCCUACAGUAGGGGCUAUGCUUUAGCCAUAAAGCUGAUGGGAAGUGAAAGCAGUGUCUGUAUAUACUGUACAGUUCAUUACUUCAUUAGGUUCAAAACACCGUUCUUUUUAAAUACACUUCCUGAAGCAUUCUGGCCAAAAUUCUACUGGAUGAAAAAUUAUCUCAGCUCCUCAAGAUGUCUGUACAGAGGCUGUGUUAUAGUGGCUGCAAAACAUUUUAUGGAAGCUGUCGUGUGCUUCACACCAGAGAGCCAAGGUCGCCAGACUCCUUUUACAACAUUCAUGCCUGUGAGUCUUAUACUUUCAGUACUAACUUCUCAAAGUAGCCUUGCUGUCCUGUACUGCACCCUUAAAAAGUCUUCUCACUCCCUCAGCUUCACAUAGACGGCGUCACCUACAGUUAGUAAAUAGCUAAAUGAAACUGGUGUUGAGUACUUCUGACAGCCGUCUUCAGUGUUAUGAAGAAAUUUCUUUCUGAUUUCUGCUGUUUGGAACUGAACUGUGAGCAGGACCACGCAACCUUUGAAAUUAUGAUUUUACAUUUUUAUUAUUUUUAUUUUUCAAAGUUAUUCUUUGGUUUAAGGACAUACCUCAACCCAUAUAUUUUGCUCCAGUUUGGAGAGAAACAUAUGUUAAAUUAUUACACUAAAUUUUGUUUGCUAAACUAAUGUUUAGUUUGUAAACUGCUGUUGCUUAUAUUUUUUGCAUUUCUCUUUGUGUGUAGACAAAGAAAAUGUUUUCUGAGUUUUAAUUACUACUUAAGGAAAGUUAAAGCUAUGAACACAGGUACUGUUGUUUUGGGUAUUGCUGCAUUAAGGUGUCUAGUGAUUCUGGAAUCAGAAUUCCAGCCUGCAUGACUCAUUUGCUAUUAUUGUGGCAGGACCACCCAGCUCUCACUGUUAGAAUCAGGACACAUGCUCCCUUUUCACACUUGGCACUGAGUCACCCUUCAUGUUUUUUUUUUCAGUUCUCUGCAGCAACAAAAGUGCCAAAUUGGCCCAGAGGUAAAGACUUUGAGUCUUUUCAUCUGCAGUAACAGGGUGAGGGGUAGUUAGAUCUAAUAUGUCUUUCAAUCAGAAGUACAGGCUUGCUUUUAGUUACCAAUUAAAAAAAACAGGUUUGGUUUGCAGUUUUUUAAUAUGUUCUCUUGUAUACAAAGGGCAAAGAAUGUUCAGUUUUUGCAGUUGGACACUUCAGAUGAUAUUUAGCUUUUCCCUUUUAAUCAUGCAUCUGUGAAAACAAAGGGACACUCACUGGUAGUCUGAGUAGAUGUUCUUUCCAGAGAAGGCCUGGUUGGAAUGUGUUUUCACAUAUCUAUGGACUGCUUGGGGAAUUAUCUUCCAUCAUUGACCUCACACUCUCAGUUCAUGGAAAACUUGGUACACCCACACAUCUAAUACAUGUCCAGUGGUUUCAUUAACAAUCAAUACUAAUUACAAAAUACAGUAGUACAUCUGUAUAUAUGAGUACUUCAGUUAUACCCGAGUAUAGCUGUGCUAUUUAUGAAAAGUCCUCUUCUUGCCUUUAAUAUUCAGUUAUGCUAAGAACAGUUGUGUAACAGUUUUAUUUAAAGUACCAAAAAACACAUUCCAUUAAAUCAGCAGCCGUGUUUUAGUUGCUUUUUACUGUGUAGAAGUCUUUUUUAAAAAGUGGGAACCGGAGGCUCUUUUAUGCAAAGGAUUGUGGGGGUUGGGAAUGUCUUUCGAGAAACAGCUGGAGAUAUUCUUGGAUUCUUCCAAGCAGUAAAUGUGCCAAAUGGCCUCCUUCUGUUUGUAGACAUUCUUAUAUUUUCUCACAUUAUUUUUCAAAUUCUGCAAUGUAACAUUAUGCAUAAAAGGUAGUUACCCAAUGUAUUGUAAUUGUGCUCAGAUUAAGUGUUUAAAAAUUAGCUUUACCAAUAAAUAUACAAUAUACAAUAUUUCUUAGCAUUACUGAAAACUUCAGCUGUGGAGAAGAGUCUUGCUCGAUUACAAAGAUUUCAUAAGGGGUAACAAAGCCAGCCUGGAUUAAAAGGUGUUUGCAAAGAAAAGAUUUGUGAGUCUGGAAACCUUUAUCUACAACUCCUAAAACAUUUCAAUACAGGAAAAAAAAAACAUAAGUCUCUUGUCAUUCUGUGUGAAGAGGAAAAGUGUAAUGAUGGUCACUGGGAAGGAGCAGAGGUUCAGUUACUGUAAUUGAACCUUGACAGUUGUUUUAAUUCCGAUUUUCCCUAUAUAUAGCCAAGCUUAUGGCUCAUCUGGACUGAGAAGAAACGCAGUUAUAGACAUCUAGAACUUUAUACAUAGUCAAUAAAAAAAACAAUAUUUGUUUCCUUUCUAAAGAUUCUCUACUUUAUCACUAUGUUGACCUGGUUUCUGAGACACUUCAAGGUUUCAGAUGACAUACAUGAUAUGCUGUGAGGCCAAAUGCUCAUCUGGAGAAUUGUUUUACAUUUUCAAUGGCUCAAGGCAGCACAUUCAGAGCUGCAGGGCUGUCUGUCCUGGAGGUGCUGUAAUUACUGUUGACCACAAGGUGGAGGCAAUGACAUCAGCUGGCCUUGAUUCCUAGCACACCAUUUUCAAAGGCAUGCUCAUGUCCUUGCACCAGCGAGCCAGCCCAUUUCCGUCAGGAGCAGGUGCUAUUCUUCCGGCUUACUUACUGCUUACAACGGUGUUUUGGCAGUGGCCAUUUUACCCCUUCUCACAUUUAGAAAGGGAUUCUGCUCAUUUUAUCAAAGUGAAAAAAUAAAAUCAAAAAUAUAUCCCGGGAGAAAACAGAACUACAUUUUGUAUUUGGAGAUGUGAUAACCUAUUCUUCAUCUGUGAUAUGACAGGUUUAUUCGACAAAGUGUACUAGCCAAUAGAGCCUGUAGACCUGGGAACAAAACCUGCCAAGGUCACUAGGUCUCAUUCUUAAUAGUCCAUAUCAAAGUAACACAUUAAAAACAAAUGCCUUACAAGGGGUUGGGUAUUAAAUGAGAGGCCUAGGCACUAUUGUUUCACCCUGGGAGCACUGGGGAGGAAGGUCGACCGAAGAAUGAGAGUCAAAAAGGACUGGCUUAUAUUUAGCUUCAGGGCUCUGGAGUAGACUGCUUUUUCUGUGGAUUGAAGUGAUUUUGUGUUUGUGACAGUUUAUUAACGGAGACACAAGCUUAAGCUUUUGUCCUUUUGGUGCCUGUGACUUGAUUCUGGAAGCGUUAAUUCAGUAGGUGUUUGAUUUAGUAAUGACUUUGCCUGAACUGGAGACUAUCUGAACAUAACUAAAGGAGACACUGUUUUAAAGCAAUUUCUACUUAGAAUUUACCUCUUCCAGAAAUUGCUCCUAGAGAAAGGUCUGAAAGUAGUUCAUAGUUUCAUUGAGGCUUAUUUUUUGUGUGCCUUUAAAAGACUUUUACUGACUUGGCUUUGUUCAUUUUAAGCUCCCUUUACCUUAUAAUCAAAUACCUUUUUGUAAAAUUCACCAAACUCCAUGGCCUAAUAUUAAUUCAGUCACAUUCUCAACCUGUCGGUGUCUUAACAUGCCGACUUUGUUCCUGCAAACCCCUUUUCUUUCUGAACACCUAGAACAGAGCCCAGGAGGACUCAAAGAAUGUGCAGCUGUCCUGGUACACAGUGGGGAGUGGUUGCAGUUAACACAGACACUUGGAAUAUUAGAGGAAAUUCUGCCUUUCUAAAGGAGGACAGAAUACCUCAAAAGCCAAAAUGAGGACUCAUCUGGCUUUUCAUUUUCUUUUUGUUUUAGUUUUUUUAUCAGUGUCUGCCUUGCUAAAGAAUUCCCCAUCAGUUCCACUAAAAACAGAUGUGGUCAUCAGUGUUAGAACAUAUACAGCCUCUGUAAGCUGGCAGAAAUAAAGCAGUCUGACCUGACCCCCCCACUGUUCUUGUGUCAGUGUUUGGCCUCUUGAUUUUUGAAGUUUUGGUACGUGUCACUGCGUGGAGCCUCCAAGCAUCACAAGACGUGUAAUCUGUUCAUCUUCAUGUGGCUUUAGCGCAAUAAGGACCAAACCAAAGACUGUUGCUGGUGGUUGAAAAGUCAUGCUGCCUAAGAGAAAAGCAUGUAUGAUCAUGACACUGUAAAACUGAGCCUCUAUGUUUUUUUGUACUUUUUGUAUAUUUACCCAUACUAGGUUGUGUUAUGUGCAUUUGCUUUAAAAAAAGGGAACUGGCAUCGAUCUUGCCUCUUUUGGUGUGACUGCACUAUACAGUAGGCAAUUCUAUCUGAUCACAUCUGAAGUUACCAUCUGCACUUCAUUGCUGUACAUUUUGAGAUAAACAGUAGUUUUGCAUUCACAAGGUGUAUGUUGGUGCUUAAACAGAGAAGGAAAAGGCUGUGUGACAUGUCAUGGCCUAAAAACAGCCGUUAACACUUUUGUUUUCUUAUCAUUUUGUCACUCGACUUUUUGAAGUGCAACACACACAGAAAAAAGACUCUCCAGUGUCAGUGCGAAGGGUGUUAAUGAAAAAUAACACAAGUGUUUCUUCCUGACUAUGUCUUGUUAUUGGCUACAAACUACUAGCUCCCACUCUAUGGGUCAGUUUCAACAGCUCAGAGUCUGUCUUGUAAAACAUGUCCUAAUGGGAAUUUCUAUCAGUCUAUCAUACUGUUGAACUACUGACAAUGGCAGAAAAUAUAGUUUGUCCAUUGUAAUUCAACAUAAGUAUGAGGGAGUUAUUCCUGUAUAGCAGUACUAUUUGGAUGUGCAUUACUGCCACGCUGGCAGUCUAAUAGAACAAUUUCACCCACUGCAACCCUCAGACGUAUGAGGCAAUAAGGUGCCUAUGAAUGCAUCAAGGAGAAGAACAGCAAUCUAGCCCACACUGUGCUUAAAACAGCUCUGGCACAAUAACACCAAAUACACCCUUAAAAUGCACUCAGCCUUCUAAAAACACAGUGCAUUCAUGGUCUGCAAUGACAACGGACCAUUUUAAUUAUCACAUGAAAUCUUUCAAAAGUUGUUUGUCAUUCGAACCUAGGUGCCAAUUUGUACAUUCCUGUGUACACUGAUGUUAUUCAAGUUGUGAAAGUGGGUAUGGAUUUCAUUCUGCUGUUCUAGAAGUGCUGAGCAAAACUGUUUUAUUUUUUUUAAAUCAUACAGUAUAAUCUAUUGAGAAAAUACAAUUUUCCUUGCCAAUUAGCCAUGGAGGCAUUUUUAAUAUGGAGAGUGGGAUGCAAAGAACUGAACUCUCCUAAGCUGGCCCCCUGGGUUCUGAGACCUCUGAGAUCAACACCAGAUGUGGGCAUUGAGAAUUAAAGGAAUCUUCAUUGGAAAACUGCAAAGCAAAACGUUAGCUUGCUAAACUUUCAGAUCAGUUCAUAAAGAAAGGGAAAAAAAUAAGUUAUAUUUGAAAAAAAGUAUUUUAGGUGUAGAGGAAAGACGUCAGGAAGGAGCUUGUGUUUAUUACAGAAAGCUGCGCACCAGAGUGCACAUGACACUGAGGGGUAACAGUAGUGGCACAGUAGUGGCAGGAGUCAUCCCCUGGGGAAAUACAUCAAGGUACUGCUUUGGGACACCAAGGUAAUCUACAAUUAUCAGUAAGAGGAGGACAUCUGGGUAAAGUGGGACUGGCACUGGCCUUUGCCAGUUACCAAAGCGGAACAGUGUUAUAGCGUCUGAAGAUUGCCUUGUUUUGUGUUUCUUCUGUUUUGUCUUUUGUUAGCCUUAUGCGCACAAAUGUGUUCAAGAGGGAGGUGCCUCGACUGCUGCUGGUGCCUGAUUGUAUUUCGGAGUCUCUGUGUGCGUGCUUGUUUACGCUGUUUUCAUGUAACGGUAUCCACGUAGAGACAUAGAAUCGUUUUCUAAAACUUAAAAAUGUCUGUGAAAUGCGACUUUUAAAACAAGAAAACCCAAAGCUGGUACUGUAAAUGGUGGAAGAUUUUCUUUUGUAACUAUGCAUGCCGCAUGGACAUGUUUUUUUUUAAUAAAAAACGAAAACAAAAUACUUGUUUUCAUCAAAUGAAGGAAAGAAUGAAGGGAGAAUUAUAGUGGUCGUCGCUAUGACAAGGAGCCUGGGGAAUGGACAUCUAUUGGACUUUGCGACUUGCAAGCCAAUGGGUAGUGUGUUGUUGCUGUAAAAUGGAAUGUUUUGAAAGAAAGUCAGCUUUAAUCCAGCUAAGAGGCCUGUUUUUAAUUAAGUCCAUACCAGCUGGCAAUCCAGAAUAUGCAUCAACAAUUGUGGAGCACACCACACUAAUUACUUUUGAACACUCAACUUUUGAGUUAAAAAGUUAAACUCCUGAUUCACAGGAGGGAAAGAAUGCCUUUGGAAAGACCUGCGUUGUACUUUCAUUUGCUGGAUGAGGUCAUGACUUUGUCUUUGGUUCUGUGAAGGUCAUAGUUUUGUUUGUACCCAGACAAUUUUGUUGUACUUGACCAGCAGUGGCUCAUCUGUGACAAGGCUGCAACCAAGGAACUUAUGUUGGCCUCAUGGUACUGAUCCAGUGCGGUCAACUUUACUGCCAGCUACUGGCACUACUAAAACAUACUGUGCACUGUUAGUUAUGAAAAAGUAAAGCAACAUAUCUCUCACUAAGUACAGAUGCAAGGCUUGACUUUCAGCUGUAAAUUAUUCUUGACCAGAAAGAUGAAAGCCAGCUGCCAUGAACACCAGGUUAAAUCUUCCCUUCAUCACAGUGGCUGUUUAUCAAGGUGGUCUAACAGUCCUGUUCUGUCUGCCUGGAAGAUAAGACUGAAAAAAGUUCCUGAACCCCAGCUUCUGGACAGUACCCGUCUUUUUACUGUGGGACUCCUGAAAUGGAGAAACAAGGGAAUCUGAUUCCCUCCGACAGCUUCCACCACCCCCAAGAACCCAGGACUCUAAUCAUGUACAGCGCCUUUAUGUGCAAAGAAAGAGUUAAAGGCGCUAUAUAAAUCUUAACUGUAUUAUAAUUUAAUUGUACUAGGACACUGUGGGGAUCAAGAAACGUUGUGGGUGUGACUUGCUGAGACAGUAUGGAUGUAAAUGAAAGUAGCGUUUGCCAAAGCUUGUACCUGCAAGACUGUCUAGGUUUUUUUUUAAUGUGUGUAACCCUCUGGCUUCAUCUGAAGUGGUCUGAGAGCCUGGUUGACUUCAGUGAAAAUUACUUAACCUGCCUUCUCUUUUGCAUCAUGGUGUUGAGAUCAGUUGAUCACUGAUUUCAUGUUGGUCAGUUCACUGAGGUCUUCCUUGCUUUCCUGUCCACCUCUGCCAACUUCAAAGUUCAUUAAAAGUGACUAAAAUGCUAGACUAGUCCUAAUUCUUCCUUUGUUGACUAAUCUAGUGUAAAUUGGUCUGUUGCAUAAAACUACAGACAUUUAAUGUGUAACCAAAAAUGUUAAUGUCUCCUCUAGGCUGAUGUGUUUACUUGUGACUAUUGUAGCAGUUCUGAAAAAUAAAACACUAGUCUAAUCAUGAUCUCAGCAUCCAGUGACUUUGGAUGGCUCCACUCUUAGCUGAAGGAUGCCCAUAGGAAAACAUGAAAACUCAUCAAUUUACUAUAAGCAGCAGUGGUGAAAAAUUCUGGUUCUCGAAAGAAACAAACCAGUGUGUGGUUUGCAGGGUCUGUUAAAAUAACAUUGGUCCCCUAUUGGAAAGACAUACUGUAUGUUUGGUGUAAAUUAGACGAUGUGGUUACAUUCAGAAUGGAAGGCAGAAUGAAAAUAAGGUAGCAGUCUAAUUUGGGACUUAAAAUUGUGAGUGCUGUUUGUUUUCUGGGCCUCCCUCAGGUUUAGUGUGAUUUAGAAGGGAAAUCUGUAACAAGACCAAAAAACAUUUUUAAAGUAGGAGACGUCAUCUCCUGUCCUUGAUAGCUAUGACAAGUAUUAUUAGUGCAUAAAAACUCAGAUAAUGGGAUUAAUUCAACUAGUAUUUUUUCCAGCACAUGAGUUCUGUGUAUUGCAUACAAUUUUUCAUCACAGAUUAAAUUUGAUUCAUGUGCUGUGUAACACAUGUGGGAGGAAAUAUGUCGUCUAUAUCCACGCAGUAUUUCAGUUAUGCAACUGAGACCAUAUGGCCAUCAAGGACUGGAGCUGAGCCAUCACAACAUUUCCAAUCAGUGUUAAGAAAGAAACAUGUCCUUAAUCUUGCAGGAGUGUGUUUUGUUUCAUGCGAAAUGUACUGGUGAUCCAGAACUGAUAAUGUCCUGCUGGUUGUAAAAAAAUAAUGAAAAUAAACCAUUUCUAGGCAUCAA